GCAGUAGAAAGUUUACACUUGUGGAAAGUAGAGGUAAACAUUGCGAAGUGAAAUGUUUCUGACUUGAACGGCAUGAUUAAAAUAUGUUAUAGUGUUUUGCCAUCAAUAUUUUGGACACUAAUUUUACUGUGACAUGAUAAAUUGUGGAAUAUGAUAAGCAGACAAGUGUUUAAAUCGUGUUCAGAUUACGGAUGUUUUCGUGACGAAAAAGAAAUUUUGCCGGGUACUUAGUUGGCACAGGGCCAAUGACAUUUGCUCACUUCCCUGAUUAUGCAUUAAGCAGAAUAACCAACAUUUACGAACAUUAUAUAUAGAAAUUGCAAACUCGUAAAAAAUGACAUGAUACGGAGUGCAUAUUUUCGAACUCUUUCUCGUUUCGAGAAGAGGUCAUAAUGUUGAUAGAGAAUAUGGCUUCUGCAAAACCCAGCUUGCGGAGAUCCCGGACCAUUGCGGAGGGGGACUACGUCCCUUCAGGGGCAGAGGAAAAAGAAAAUUCUCCGGAAACUUUUCAUCCGACCUCAUCAAAAUCAUUCCAGGCCCUGACACAUGCAGUAUCUGCCUUGACAAGGCUAGAUGAUUUCAUUUUGGAAAAGGUUGGACAGGGAUUCUUUGCUGAAGUCUUCAAGGUCACUCACAAGUCAACUGGUCAGGUGAUGGCAUUAAAAAUGAACAUUAACUCCAGCAACCGCUACAGCAUGCUUCAGGAGAUCCAGCUCAUGAAUCGCUUGUCCAACUCCAACAUCUUAAGAUUUCUAGGAGUGUGUGUACACGAGGGACAGCUACAUGCUCUGACUGAAUUUAUGAAUGGAGGAAGCUUAGACCGACUGAUUACUGAUGAGAAGGUUGAGAUGCCAUGGACUUUGCGGAUAAAUCUGUCAUCUGAUAUCGCCAGAGGAAUGAAGUACUUACAUUGCAGAGGAAUAUUUCAUAGGGAUCUUACGUCAAAGAACAUACUGCUACGAGUGGAGGGGGUUGUGUACACUGCUGUAGUGUCAGAUUUUGGGCUGGCAGCAAAAAUUCCAGAUCCUUUAGACAAGAGGACAAAGCUGCCCAUUGUAGGGUCUCCAUAUUGGAUGGCUCCAGAAGCCCUGAAUGGUCUCUGGUAUGGACCACAGGCUGAUGUGUUUUCAUUUGGAAUAAUUAUGUGUGAGAUAACAGCCAGAAUUGAUGCAGACCCAGACUACAUGCCUAGAACAGCAAGUUUUGGUGUAGACUACAUUGCAUUCUGUGGGAAAGUGGAGUACUGUCCCCUAGACUUUCUCAGGCUGGCCUUUACCUGUUGUCAGAUUGAGCCUACGAAGAGGCCCACAUUUUCGGACAUAGUGACAUCAUUGGAAAAAAUUAAGAAACUAUUGGAGGAGGAUCAUGAGGAUAAAAAGAUGAGGAAAAGAAAAGAUUCAGGACGCCAUGGUCACAAGAGGUCAUUGUCUGCUGACAACAUCUUGGCAACAUCACCGGAUGACAUUUCCCCCAUGACCCCACAAGUUGUAGGGGAGGUGAUGAGUAAAGAUGAUCCCUUCUACUCUCCAGUUGGGGGCAAUCCCUUUGCUGCUUAUGAGUCCUAUGGUGGCAAGAUCCUGGGAUAUUCCAGGAAUGGCAAGGAUUCCUAUAGUUAUGAACUUCCUUCCCCUUCUAUCCCCCACACCCCUCCUUGUACCCCAGUUAUGACUCCAGAUGGAACACUUACCAAGAGAAAACACAGGCAAAUCCAGCAGACACAGUCUCUCCCCUCCUCCCCAGUUUUAUUAAGAAAGGCAGCAGAACAAUUUCAUCAAGAGUCUUUGCAUGGAUCUAACUGUCAGCGAAAUUUUUCCUUGAAUAAUAAAAGAUAUUCCCUUCAUUUUCCGAAAUCCAAAAGUGCUAGUGUGCUACCAGAAUCUUUGGUUCAUCGAUUACAGUGUGAACUUAACAGUGAAGACCCACUUAAAUCCGGAAGCAAAGAUCAAAGAUCUAAAAAAUAUUAUGUGCAUCGACAACUCAGUGCAGACACUUGCCGUGAUAGUCCUGAUAUGGAUGGCAUCUCUAGUUUGACAAAUGGAAUUGGAAACGGUGGAAAUGGAAAGACUGUGUAUCAAAAUGAAGUGAGGGAUUAUCGACUAUCUAGAAGUUCCACAGACUCGUAUACUUCCAUUGAAGAACAGGUGGUGGAUCCAGGAAAUCCAAAAGUAACAGUCAUCACAGAGACACACUCGGAGGAAUCACAAACAUCUGGCAGUUCUGGUGGUGCAAUACUAGAAACACACUUAUAGUUUUGUUGUUCUGUCCUUUUUGUUGAUGAGAGCUACUUAAUUUUAUAUACAUGUAUUACAAUCUGUUUUGUUUGUGCCUUUGUGGCUUUUACAAUGACAUUAUUAUUAUUAUUUUUUUCGUUUUUGAACAUUUGACAUUUCUGACAUUAUAUGUAUUAUCAUCUUCAGAAUCAUUAUCAAACUGUGAUAUGUUAGAAGGCUGACAAGUUUGACUGUACUGUUACACUUCCUGAUAUGUUCCUUCUGUAGCUAAGAAAGAUGUUGAUAUAAAAUGUAUGGAGUUCACCUGGAUUGAACAAAGAAUAAUCUUAUAUAAUAAUAAAAAAAAUCAUAUGUACAAAGCUGACUGUAAAGGGCAUUUCAGGAAAUGUUAAGGAUGUUGAUUGUCUUUGUUGUUGACAUGCAUUACUGAACAGUUUCUUGUAAAGCAAAGAAAUAUUUUUUUACUGGAGUUACGUGUUAUGAAAAAAACCCAACAACAAUGCAAUAGUUGUAUUGUCUCUUGUUAAAAUGUAUUUAAUCUCUCAUGACUUUGAUAUAUUGAUAAGUAGCAUAACUAUGCAUACACAUGUACAACAUCUUGUUUUUUAAUUGAUAACAACCUGUAUUCCAAUUCUCCAUUACUCUGUUGUAUUAUACAUGUAUGUAGUGUACAUAAUUUCAAUCUCUUGAACUUUUUUGUGUCACCUUCAAAUUUAUGGACUGGCUUUCGUUAUAAAUUUAAGUGAAACCUGUUGAUAAAUAUUUUACCAGAUUAUACUAAUAUACUGUGAAAUCACAACUCAUUUUCACAGGGACUAAUGAGGACAAACAUAAGAAUGACAACUCUUUAAUCAAGCAUCUUUGAAUAUGUUGGUUUUCUCUAACCACUGAUAUUUGACUGAAGGAAAAUAGAUUUUAAGGAUAUUGAAAUUAUAAUGCACAACUUUUGUCGAUUUCCUUUUUUUUUUAACAUGCUGAUUGUCUUCCUUUGUUUGAUGUGUAGUUAACCAUGUGAAUGUCAAACUGUCUACCUCCUUAUUGCAAUGUUACUCCCUCAAAAUUAAAAAUCAAUCAUACAGUGCAAUUACACACACAGCAUGGCUAUAUCCUGGAAGGGCCUGUUCCAUUAUUUGAUUACAUUUUAUCAUUUUUCUGUCUAUUCUCUGCUAACCAGGGAGAAGACAAUAACUUUUUCUAUGUAUUAUAUUAUUUAGGAGUUUAUACAUUAAAACCAAGUGUGGUGUAAUAUAUACACUUUUAAUCUAUUAUGUUUAUUUAUGACACCUCAGAAAAUUUUAUAUCUAUAUAAAUGUAAAUACUUUGAAAGAUGAAUGAUUUUCAAAUUCAAUUGUGUGUAAGUUAUUUUCUAGUCUCAUAGGAAAAGGGUUCAUUGAAAUUUUAUGUUCAAUUAUUUUUUAUUAAUGAAAUACAAAUCAGAAUAGAAACUUAAGAGUGAUAUUUUGAUAUUAUUUCCCUACUUUCAUUCAGUAUCAUUAAAGUCCUCUUCAAUAUAUGUCUUGAGAACAAAAACAUUUUUACUCCAAUGCAUUGUCCAAUAUGCAAUUAAUAUGUUUCUAUUAUCUAGUACUUUGGUCAUGUAGCAUGGCUUUUUAAAUGCGAAUUAUAAUUUAUUGUAUAUCAAAAUAAAGAACUGGACUAUCAAUCCUUUUAUACAGGUAUCUUUUUGUGCUUCUUAAUGUGUUUGAACUAUUUAAGAUUUUUUUUUUAUUGUUUAUUGUAUAAAGUGCAUUAACAUGAUGUAUUAAUUUUUGUUUAAGACUAAGCAGUUUGUGUUCAUAUUUAAACAUGGUAUGAUGUACCGGUAAUAAAGAUGAGGGAUAGGCAAGUGGUAUGAAACAAAAUAGGUUCUUUGGUCCUUUUCACAUUCUUAAGACAAAGAUCAAACUUCAAAAAUGCUGUAAUUUUUCUGAAAGAGCACAUGAAGUACAUCCAUAGUGGAUAAUGCUUACUCUAAUACCUACGACCUUUUCAAUGAAGGGCAAAUGAAUUUGUUUUUAAUCUUUAGUCAUGGUAUGUUUUGUAAAUGGGCAACUGGUUACGUAAGAGUUAAAAACUAUGUUUAUGGUUGAUAGCACAUAUAUAAGUGUUUUCAUGGUAUAUAUACUAGAUUUCAUCGCCUACUUGAAUACAUGUAGGUCUAGUCAUUUCUAGUGUCGGUAAGAUGUAUUUGUCCUGUAUUUCAGAUUUAAACAAAAUACAUGUAUUAGUUGUGAAAUUUAUCAUUGUCAGAAAUCGACUUCAAAAAUUCUCCCUGUAAAUAGAAUUAUAUUUAUAUAUUUUCUUGCAUGUCUUUCAGUCUAUCUUCUUUUUUUUUUUUUUGAAUGUAAAUAAUUGACAAACUAUGGAAAGCAAUGCAUCUGAAUUAGACAAGUUGCACUCAUUUUAAGUUGCAUUGUAUUGCUGUAAUUCCAUUUUGCAAGUCUUUCUCCCCAUACAUUCCAUUUUGUCAUUGUUUAUUUUGAGUACAUCUGUAGAUUAUAAAAUGAGCAAAUGUCUAGAAGAUCAUUUCUAGUGUAUCAUUGAUUAAAAUAUUCAUGAAAUAAUUAUGCCAUCCCAAAAAAGAAGUCUGUUAUUCAUUGAUCUGAAAAGACAUUUACUGUUGUAGAUAAUCAUAACUGGAAUUUUUCUGAAUUCUGAAUAGGAUAACUAAUUGUAUUGUCUAAUAAGUGUAUUAGAAUAAGAUAUGAUAUUAUUAGGUCACCUGAGUCACUUGGGUAACCUAUUGCUAUUGGUCUAUAUCCGUCGUCGUAUGUUUUGCAAUAACAAUUGAAAAUUUUCAAUUUCUUCUUGGUAACUGCCCUUCCAAUUCUUUUCAAAUUUGGUAUGAAGCAUUUUUUGGACAUGGGGGACAUAAAUUUCAGGACUUCUGCAUCCAUGGGGUCUUAAAGCAGAACAAACACUGCCAAAAUUGACCAACAUCUCUGUAACUGCACAUAUGUUAGGAAAUCUAAAUCCAUAGUCAUGUAAAGCAGGAAUGCCUCUACCAAAAAUUGUAAAUUUCAUGAUCCCCAGAGUAGAGGUUCUGAUGCCAGGAUGGGACCAAACCUAACAUAUAACUGUGUUUAUAUGUAAAACAUCUAAAUAUCAUCUUUUUUAAUGUUGUUGAUAUCAAAUUCAAAUUAAAUGGAUAUUAAAAAGGUAACCCUUUAACAAAAUUGUAAAUGGUAAAAUGACCCAUAGGUAGGCAUUUGGUACCAGAGUAGGGGCCAAGGUCAUAUUGAUUAAAUGCAUGUUAACAAUUGAACAUUUUUAACUUCAUUUUGAUAACUGCCCUUCCAAUUCUUUUCAAAUUUGGUAUGAAGCAUCUUUGAAACAAGGGAUAUGAAUUUCAGGACUCCUGCACCCCAGGGGCUUUAGGGAUGAGACAAAAAAUCUUCUCUACAACCUCACAUCUGUAAGAAAAACUCUAUGCAUAGUCAUGUAGAGCAAGAAGGCCUCUACCUAAAUUGUAAAGAAGCAGGUACAGUUUCUACAGUCAUCUAGCCCAGAAAAUUGAUGAUUUCAAUAGGAGUCCCAAAAUCUGCCAUUCCAAAAGAGAAUAUAUAAGAAAACCCAAACUACAUUUGAUUUCAUCCAAAAUUGCUUCGUGUUGUAAUGACAAGAGCGUGAAGUUGGCAUAAAAAUGCCAAAAUCAAUGAAAAAAUUCAUAAAUUCAGGGGGUUUUCUUUUCAGAAAACAUGCAGCCCAUGCGUCGAGCAAAUUCAUAUUCAUAUAUUUUUUAUCGUCUAUUAAUAAACAAUAUAUAUUAAUUUCAUUUUGCUCGACAGAUGGGCAGACCUUUUCCUAGGCAAUAAUCUGGAUGAAAUUUAGUUCAGUUAUUACGCUUUGUUUGAAAAAGGGUGGGGAAAAGUCUUAUUCAUGAUGUAAUAAUGCUAUCAAGUAAGCAAUAACUUUGAUUUAAGUUGAGAUAGUAUACUUGGCAUAUAUUUAACUUACUGUAAACACGGAUCAAGCUUAAUUCAAGACACAUUUAAAACAGAAAUUUUUUGGGCCUUUUUAUAUACACAAUCGUACCUUGUUCUUUCAUGAUCCUUGGGGUAAAGGUUCUAACUCCAGGGUGGGGCUAAACUUAGCAUUUCAUAGUUUUUAUGAAUUGCAUCUUCUUUCUUUAGUGCUUUUGAUACUAAAUAGAAACUGAGUGGAUAUUUUAUUGGAGUAGGUAGCCAUUUAUCAUGAUUGUAAAGAUGAUCCCAGUGGUAGAGGUUUUGGUACUACAUAGGGUGGGGCCAGAGUGGUCAUAGUGAUCAUUAUCAUUUGAAAGAUUUCUCCUUUUUUAGUUGAUACUGUAUAAAAACUUGUUGCAUAUUCAGGAAAAGCAGAAAGGGAUGAAUCCAAAUUUUGAAUUUCUCAACCAUAGGCUCUAGGGCAAAAUAUUUACAUAGCGUUAAUGUAACAUAUAUUAUGUAAAGUCUUUUAUCAGUAUGGACACUUUUGGAGGCAUUUGUGUUUUUUAAAAGAAUGCAUCUUGUUUUAUAUUGCUGUUGAUAUCUGAAUUUAGUUUAGAUAUGCAGAACAGGAAAAUUAUUACUGAUUCUAUAUCCCUUUGGGCUAGUGAUAGUUUUAACUAAUACUCAGAUGACCCAUAAGGCCUGUGGGCCUCUUGUUUAAGAUUGUGCUGAAGGCAAAUUUAUAAGAAAUAUAUCCAUACUAACCAUCUGUUUUGCUGUUUCUGUAUGUGUUCACACUGUUCCUCUGUUAUAUUUUUUACUCUCGAUGUGUAUCUGGAAAUUUAUACAGUAUUUAUAUUAUUAGAUUACACAUGAAUAUAUGUAGGUAAAUUUGUUUGUGUACUUGGAAAUAUAUAGAUGUUUAGGUAGGUCACUCAUCAAUGCAAUUUCUUAAUAAGGAGGAAUAACACACCUGAGAAAUCUGAUAUGGAUGAAAAAAAGGAGGAUAUGUACAAUAAUACAAUUUUUUUUAAAUUGAAAAAUUUCCAAUUUUCCUUAUUUAGUUUUAAAAAUACAAUUUUAGAAGAAAGUAAUCUGGGGGGAAAAAUAAUAAAAUCCCUGCUAGACUCGGACUCACAAUCUACAGAUCAGUAGUUGACAUGUUAAACUACUGAACUACCUAGCUGGGGGGGGGGGGGCAGAUUUGAUAUGAAUGUAUUACAAGUAUUGCUUAUAUUUUCAUUCAUGUUAGAAAAGGAAGUCAGCCAUUAUGACAAUGUUAUUCCUUGAUCCUUAAGAAAUUUGCAACAUAAUAUGUAAAUGAUAACUUAAUAUCGAUGCAUAAAUACAAAUACUUAAACAGUCAUGACAAGAAGUGAGAGGUAUUGUGCUUUUUGUUGUGAUUGAUAUUAUUCUCUAAAAGAAAAGUCACAAAUAUCACUGGUGUUUCAUGAAAAUAAACCCACACUAUCAAGAAUAUGGUGCUGUAAAGGGUUAAGUAGAUGCUUUAGAAGUCCUAUUUGAUAUUUGCCUCAAGUCAGAGGAGUGACCUCCCUGAAGGGUUUUAGUUAUUAAUAAGUUUUUCAAAAAUAUUUAUCGUAUGUGUUGUAAUAAUAUUCUAAGUUGACAGAAAAAUUACAAACACAAUCUCUCCUCGCCCCAGAUUGAUGCGCAUAAUUGUGAAGUUGUCUAUAUGUAUUAUGACUUAUCCACACCCUACUAAUUUGGCUGCAUUCAGAAUUGUAAGUAGCAUCCAAAGGUUUUUUGUUUUUUACAUAUAAUUUCAUUUUGUAUUAUAUGGGCAUUCUAAUUAUUGUUAAAUCGUGCUUAAUAUUUUUACCUACACAAUGACAGCCUGCUCAAUUUUGAAUUCACUGGAUAGAAUUAAUCAAUGGGUAAGUUUAUGUAGAACAUUAUAAUGUUCCUUCCCACUUGGUCAACUUUACCAGUCAAAGUGGGUUUAGGAUCACUGAUGCCAUAAUUGAUGUCUCUAAAGUGAUGAAUUCUUUGGAAUAGAAAUGAUCUGUUUUUGUGUGUAUGAAACAUUGUUAGGAGUUUUCUUAAUAUACGCUCCAAGAUCUUAAUCUCUAAACUGAUCACCACUGCAAUAACAUCACCCUUGUUAUUUUCAGAACUAGUAUCUAUAAUGUAAUCAUGUGUUCAGUACACAAUGCCAAAUUGAUUGUUAAUUUUGUGUAUAAGACUUUGAAAAAUGAUCACUUAAUAACUGUUGUUUUUAAUAAAGUUUAUUAAAGGUA